CUACCUGGAGGCUACCCUCAAGUUUAAGCCUGGAGCCUUCGACUGCAGCGUCGUCUGGUCUACCCAUUUCAGUCUACACCCGCGGCUAAAUAUGGGACCUGGUCGUAGCGGUGUGUCAAGAGGUUUACAAGCACUGCGGGCUGUUUUGACUGGAUUCUCGGUGAACAACCGGAAGAACAUGUUCGUCUACCAGGAGAACUCCGGCCCCGUGUUCUAUCUGCGGCUUCACGAGACGCAGUGCCACAAGCGGCACGGUCGGGCAGACGAUGAUAUAUCCCUCUCAGGCUCGAGAAGCUCCUCGCUCGUCAGCCUCGUACAAAAGAAGCCAGGCGCGGAUCAGGAGGAGGAAUUCGACUUCCGUCCCCGCCUGAGUUCGGGGGCACUCGGACCGAGACCAGUCGCAUGA